UUGAAUCUAUAGGUUAUAUCAUAGGGGCUUUGUUUCCCAUUUUAGAUACCAGUCAUAUCAUAAAUUCAUUUCAUACCACCACAUACAUAAUUACAUAAAUCCUAAAUCAAUCACUACCAUCUCAAUAACACAGACAUCAUCUUCAUCUUUUUCUUCUCUUCAUAACGGAUCUUUUUCAUCUUUCAUUUUCUUUCAUUUCGCAAGGUUUUAAGUUGGUCCAGCUGAUCGAGAGGGUACGAAAAUGAAUGAUCGUAAAGUUAUUGAACUAGAGCAAGGAUGGGAGUUCAUGGGGAAGGGGAUUACAAAGUUGAAGAGGAUUCUGGAAGGAUUGCCAGAGCCACCAUUUAAUUCUGAAGACUACAUGAUGUUGUACACGACGAUAUACAAUAUGUGUACUCAGAAACCCCCACAUGAUUACUCUCAACAGCUCUAUGACAAUUACAAACAGGCUUUUGUGGAUUACAUCAACUCGACGGUUUUACCUUCUUUGCGGGAGAAGCAUGAUGAGUUUAUGUUAAGAGAACUUGUGAAAAGAUGGGCAAAUCAUAAAGUAAUGGUCAGGUGGUUGUCUCGUUUCUUCCAUUAUCUGGACCGGUAUUUCAUUGCUCGGAGGUCGCUUCCUUCUUUGAAUGAAGUUGGACUGACUUGUUUCCGUGAUCUGGUUUAUCAAGAAAUAUCUGGCAAAGCCAAGGAUGCUGUUAUAGCCCUGAUUGAUAUAGAAAGAGAAGGUGGGCAGAUUGACAGAUCAUUAUUGAAAAAUGUACUUGAUAUAUAUGUUGAAAUUGGAAUGGGACAAAUGGAUCACUAUGAAAAAGACUUUGAAGCUCAUAUGCUGGAUGAUACUGCUGCUUACUACUCGCGCAAAGCGUCUAGCUGGAUUCUUGAGGACUCUUGUCCGGAAUACAUGUUAAAGUCUGAGGAGUGUUUGAAGAAGGAGAAAGAGAGAGUGGCUAAUUAUUUACAUUCCAGCAGUGAGCCAAAGCUUCUGGAGAAAGUGCAAAACGAGUUGCUAUUGGUUUAUGAAAGCCAAUUGCUUGAGAAGGAGAAUUCGGGAUGUCGUGCAUUACUGAAAGAUGACAAGGUGGAUGAUCUUUCCAGGAUGUACAGGCUUUACAGUAAGGUUACCAAAGGAUUGGAACCCAUUGGCAGUAUCUUCAAACAGCAUAUAACUGAUGAAGGAACAGCCUUAGUGCAGCAGGCCGAAGAUGCUGCUAUCAGCAAGGCUGAAAAUACUGGUGGUUCACAUGAGCAGGUCUUCGUCAGGAAAGUAAUAGAGUUGCAUGACAAAUUCAUGACUUAUGUCACCGAUUGCUUCAACAGCCAUACCAUAUUUCACAAGGCUCUUAAGGAGGCUUUUGAGGUAUUUUUGAACAAGGGUGUUGCUGGUAGCUCAAGUGCUGAGUUGCUAGCUACAUUCUGUGAUAACAUUCUCAAGAAAGGUGGGAGCGAAAAACUAAGCGAUGAGGCUAUUGAGGAUUCACUUGAGAAGGUGGUGAAGCUUCUGGCCUAUGUCAGUGAUAAAGACCUGUUUGCUGAAUUUUACAGAAAGAAGCUCUCUCGCCGGCUACUCUUUGACAAGAGUGCUAAUGAUGAUCAUGAAAGAAGUAUUUUAACCAAAUUGAAGCAGCAGUGUGGCGGACAAUUCACAUCAAAGAUGGAGGGGAUGGUGACAGACUUGACCUUGGCGAGGGAGAAUCAAACUAAUUUUGAGGAAUAUCUUAGUCAGAAUCCAGAUGCCAGUCCUGGUCUUGAUUUGACUGUGACUGUUCUGACAACUGGGUUCUGGCCAAGUUACAAAUCUUCCGAUCUUAACCUUCCCGCUGAGAUGGUGAGGUGUGUUGAAGUUUUUAAGCAGUUCUAUUCAACUAAAACAAAGCACAGGAAGCUGACCUGGGUUUACUCAUUGGGAAGCUGUAAUAUUAAUGGCAAGUUUGGUCCAAAAACUAUUGAAUUGGUUGUCGGAACUUAUCAGGCUGCUGCUUUGAUGCUCUUUAACACAUCAGACCGACUGAGUUAUUCAGAGAUAGCAACUCAACUAAAUUUAGCUGAUGAAGAUCUGGUUAGAGUGCUUCAAUCUUUAUCCUGCGCAAAGUAUAAGAUUCUUUUAAAGGAGCCAAACACGAAAACCGUGUCCCCGACUGAUUGUUUUUCAUUUAACUCUAGUUUCACUGACAGGAUGAGGAGGAUAAGAAUUCCUCUUCCUCCGAUGGAUGAGAGGAAAAAGGUUGUUGAGGAUGUUGACAAAGAUAGAAGAUAUGCUAUUGAUGCCUCAAUUGUACGCAUAAUGAAAAGUAGGAAGGUUUUGGGGUACCAGCAAUUAAUCACAGAGUGUGUGGAGCAGCUAAGCCGCAUGUUCAAGCCUGAUUUCAAGGCAAUUAAGAAGAGGAUCGAGGACUUAAUAACCCGAGAUUAUAUUGAAAGAGACAAGGAGAACCCGCAGCUAUUCCGAUACUUGGCUUGAUCAUAUGUUUGUGUCCAUUUGAGCUUUCCUUCCAACUUCCAAGGUUUCAUAUGUACCAAAUCCAGCAUGAUAACAAGAGUAGGUUUUAUUGUACAGUAAUUUGGUUUUCCAUGAGUUAAAAUUCUUAGUGAAAUUUAUUUUUUGGCUCAUGCAAUCAAAGAAAUUAAAGACAUGAUAUGUUCAAUUUUAAAUGUUAUACCAAUAUGAGGUGAAGUUGUAGAAGUUGUAUCUUCUUUUUUUAUUUUUGUUGUCCACCACAUUCUUCAGAUUUGGGAUGUAUGUGAGUUUGGGGGAUAUGAUUGUAGUUUGUACCUGUAAGCUGUAAUAUCUUACCUUGUAUUUUUAUUUGCACUUCCUGUUGUUGCUUUAA